AUGCAAUUCAAGGCAUAAAGCUAGAUUUGUUCGGGAAAAAAGAUAUUUUGCUAAAUCCUAGUGCGUUUACAAGAAUGAAAAGGCUUAGACUGCUUAUAAUCCGUCAUGCACACUUUUCAGAGAGUCCUAAAAGUUUGUCUAAUGAGCUAAUAUUGCUUGAUUGGGAUGGAUACCUAUCACCAUCUCUAUCAUCCAAUUUUCUUCCUCAGAAACUUGUUACUCUCAACAUGCGUCACAGUAAAAUCAAGCAAUUCAAAGGAAUAAAGGUUUGUGAAAAUUUAAGAAAAAUAAAUUUUUGUUUCUGUAAAUACUUGACGUGCAUCCCUGAUAUCUCAAUGAUGGCAAAUCUUGAGAGUUUGAAUGUUGAGGGCUGUUGCAAUUUAGUUAAGGUUGAUCGAUCUGUUGGAAAUUUAAACGAACUGUCUUUUUUGGAUGUUACAUAUUGCUCUAAACUUAGACGCCUUCCUAACCUGAAGUUGCCACGUCUUCAAUAACUAGAACUUGAAGAGUGCACAAGUUUUGAGAAAUUUCCAAAUAUUGUUGGAGAAAUUCCUCUUUUAAGUUUCAUUUCUAUUGAUAACAGUCCCAUUCAAGAACUGCCUUUAUCAGUUGAAUAUCUCAUUGGGCUCGAAGUUAUAUCAAUAGUGUCAUGCAAGAACCUUAGAGAUCUCCCUCGAAGCAUUUGUAAGUUGCCACGUCUCAAGAAUCUUUGGAUUUCGCGUUGCACAAACCUUGGAAGGUUUCCAAAAUCAUCGUCAUCAUCAUCAACAAAUUUGGGCUGG